AUGGCACAUUACCAAUGUGUCAGGAGUGUUAAACAGGGAGGUACUUUCAUCUCUCUUGCGCUUUUUGUUGCCACUGCAACCCUCCCCGUGAAUCAACUUCCAAUCUUUCAUGAACAUAUGUCAAAAAUCAAUCAGUUUCAUGUGUGGCUUGCUCUGGACAAAUCACUUGGUAAGUGGGCCAAUGAAGAUGCUGUUGCUACUUUUGAACUUGGCUGUUUAGUCAGAGGAACUGGUAGGCUGACCCAAAUCACACCAUUAUCAAUUAUAUUUGGCGAUGUUAUUGGUGGUAUAACCCAAGAGAAGUCUGCUAAGGUGUGA